CCUUAAGUAAGUAGAAUAAGUGGCAACAUCUACUACUGUCAUUAUUCUGCUUCUUUUUGUUAAUAUUUUGCCACUACCGUAUGAAAAUUUGGGUAUUAGUUUAUAAAUAUUCUGAAAAGAAGAAUUUUUGUUACAUUUUUUGUUAAUUGUGUGUGUGUCAUAGGUGAAGUUUGUACUUUAAGUAGAAUCGUUUUCAUGGCGGAACGUAAAUUUUAUUCAGAGAGGGAGAAAAACUUACUUAUACAUUUAGUGGACAGCCACAAGCACAUUAUUGAAACCAAGAAAACUGAUGGUGUCAAUAUUCGAAAAAAACAAGAAGCAUGGCAAAAUAUCGAAUCAUUGUUUAAUGCAAAUGAUGUGACAAAAAGGAAAUCAAAGCAAUUAAAAAAGCUUUGGGACAACAUUAAGCAGAAGACUAGAAAGUCAGAUACAGAAAAAAAACGGCACAUGCUUGCUACAGGUGGUGGGCCUCCACUAGAUGAUGAUGCAGAUCCUAUCGAAGAAAGAGUGCGGUCUAUAGUACCAACAAUAAAUUAUGAGAUUGAUAAUCAAUUUGAUAGCAUUCAUAUCUUUCAAAAUGAGAAGAAUUCACCAGAUUUACCAUCUGUAAGUGGCUGCAGUAAAAAUGAUCCUGAAUCUGAGCAGGUUAAUAAAGAAUAUGUAAAAGAUGUAAGUGAAAUUGAAGAGGAACACAAAGAAAAUAACACUCCUUGCAGGCCAAUAUUAGGAGCAAAAAGGAAGUUUGUGAAUAAAUUAAAAAACACAAAAAGGCAGCUAAUAGAUGACGAGGCACAACUAAGGAGGCAGAAACUAAGAGAAAAUAUUCACCAGCAGAAAGAAUUACAUAAAGUAAAAAUGGAGGCUGCUGAAGAAGAAAAAAAAUAUUGGUCCGUUAAGACAUCAUUAUUGAAGAAACAAUAUAAUGUCAAUGGUGUCAAUGCAGUUACCUUGGCGCUCCAGGGUCCAUCUUUGCCCAGCAUUGCUGUUAUUCAUCAUAAUGGACCUUACAGCAUUGAACCGGCUUCAGUCCAAGAAGAGGCGCAAACUAUACAGAAUACUCUAGAACCGCGACCAGCAAUUAUCGGUAGUGUGGACGCUCUCCCGCUUCAACCGAAGUACCUCCCAAAUUUCGACAGAGAAUGUCGGUCAGAACCAAGAGAACUUCCAAAAAGUGAAGAACAGCUCAACAUUCUAAAAUCGCAACAAUUUCCAUCCAAUUAUUUCUCAGGCAAAAGUCCGUCAAAUAUUACUGAAACUGGAAUUAGUCUUGCUAGCGUUCCAGCCAUAGCGAUCGGCAGCUCCACAGAAGUCCUGGUCAGUAUAGUUGAGAGCCAAGUCAACUUAAGAAGAAACUCAAUGAUGGUGGGAGAUCUAGCUUCGCGCAGAGAAGAAAAAAAUUCACCAGAUUUUGAUAACGUCAAAUCACCUAGUACGGAGUUCACGACGUCUUCCGUACAAUCCACUCCCCUCGACGAAUCAGUUAGUAGAUUAGAAAGCGUUAUAUAUUGUGAUAAAACUGAAGAAAAUAACAUUGAAUCUUACACUGUGUGAAUUUGUUCUGAGCUGUUGCAAAUAUUUGAG